AACAAACUUUACUUUGAUUCAAUUUCUCACGGAACAAUCUAGAACUAAGAAGAAACUUCUACCCAAUCCCAUUCUUACAAAAUCCACAAACCCUAACACAGAAAAAAAAAAUCCUUUCUCCAAUUCAAAUCAAAUCAAACGGUUCCACCUUCAUCGAUCAUCAAUGGCGGAACACUUAGCAUCAAUCUUCGGCACAGAGAAAGACAGAGUGAAUUGUCCAUUCUACUUCAAGAUCGGAGCAUGCCGACACGGCGAUCGAUGCUCCAGGCUCCACACGAAGCCAAGCAUCAGCCCUACCAUCCUGCUCUCCAACAUGUACCAGCGUCCUGAUAUGAUUACCCCUGGAGUCGAUGUUCACGGCCAGCCUAUUGAUCCGCGUAGGAUUCAAGAUCACUUUGAAGAAUUCUAUGAGGAUUUGUUUGAAGAACUCUCUAAGUAUGGGGAUAUUGAAAGUCUUAACGUUUGUGAUAAUCUUGCUGAUCACAUGGUUGGUAAUGUGUAUGUUCAGUUCAGAGAGGAAGAACAUGCUGGAAAAGCUGUUAAGAAUCUCACUGGAAGAUUCUAUGCCGGUCGCCCGAUCAUUGUUGAUUUCUCUCCGGUGACAGACUUCCGUGAGGCUACUUGCAGGCAGUAUGAGGAGAAUACUUGCAACCGUGGUGGUUAUUGCAAUUUCAUGCACUUGAAAAGAAUUAGCAGGGAAUUGAGGCGCCAGUUAUUUGGAAAGCGCCAUGAUAGGCGCAGUAGGAGCCGGAGCAGGAGUCCUUACAGGCACCGAAGUUAUGAGGAGAGGUCUCAUCGCAGCCCUCAUCGCAGCCGUAGCAGUAAGUAUGACGACAGAGACAGAGACAGAGACUAUCAUCAUGAAAGUGAUAGCAGGAGACGCAGGACCUCAAGUCCUGGUCGGAGAAGGGGAAGGAGUCCCAGUCGCAGUCGAAGUCCUGUAGGAAGAAGGAAUCGUAGUCCAGUCAGGGAUGGUAGCGAGGAAAGACGCGCAAGAAUUGAGCAGUGGAAUAGAGAGAGGGAGGAGAAAGAACCUGCAAAUAAAGUUACUACUGAGGAAACUUAUAAUGGCAAUAACGGGCACUCGCAAAAUGCUAGCAGAUAUCAUGAGAAUCAUCAGCAACAGCAAUCUCCUCAGGAGGGAUAUUGAUCUGUUUAUGUUACUGGUUUGUGUCCACUCUCUCUUGUUUUCCUAUUCCUAUAGUUAUAGGCAACUGUUUUAAUUCUAGCACAGACACCCACAGAACAAGUAUAGCUCACCAUUUUCCGCUGUGCAGGUGGUACAGGUACACUGUUCCAUGAAGUGGAAAAUGCCCCCUCCCCCCUUGGGAUUUUUCCAUUUUACUAUGCAUGAUGUAUGAUUGUAUGUGUAUGCUUGUAUUGUAUCACUUUUUGCAGCGUUCCUGAAUUGCAUCUCUAGUUUGAACCAUAUUUUCUGCAUAGAUCUCAACAAAGCUAGUUUGAUUGCAUUAUUUAGUAGGUUUGUUUAUCAUGGUGGUCAAAUAUAUUACAAGUACUGCACUGCUUAGAGUUCUUUCUUGUUUCCAAUGCAUGCAUGCAUUUCAUCUAAAAAUCAUGUUUUUACCUGCCUUACUAUUUGCUGUCCCUAUGAGUUUUUUUGUUAUCCUCUAGCUAUAACCUUUGUUGGUUCAUUCUUUCAAAGUUGUUGUUCAAUAUUUACCCUUUUCUUUUAAUAAACCACAACACUUUCCCCUUUUCAACUAGCUAAUUAUCAAAGUUUAUUUGCGUUUGCUGGAUGUGUGAAUUAUUUUGUUUACAGUCAGGGACCAUGAUCACCAUCACACAGAAGACUAAUGAACGACCAAUUUCAACAGUUCUUUAAAGGGAUUUUUUGUUUUCUAUAAGAUGUUUUAAAUUGGAAAUAGCAUUAUUAUCUUACAUAAUUAUGAGUUUUGCAGGUUCAGGUAUCCCUGCUUGUAAGAGUCGAGUCAUUGAGUUAAUUGCAGUUUACCGUGAAAUUUGUGUACAGGUUCCGCCUACACUGUGGAAGGAUGUUUUAAUGGAUCUUUUAGGUAUAAUUUGGAGAUCUUGAGAAGCAGUUUCAACUGGGAAGUAAAAGUGUAAGGAUGAAAUUUUAGGUGAAGUCUUCUAUGUAGAGAGUUCUCUCAUGAUUGCAGGCAGAGGAAUGUGUUAGGAUGCUUUCUUAUUGUGUAAGCUUUAGAUGCUUAUUGGAGACUGAGUUUUGAACUCAUUUUUAUGUAUUUGGGUUGUGAAAUUGUUACUGAGGUUGUAGCUUUAGAUGCCUAUUGGAUAUUUAUAUAUUUUUCAUUGGAUUAUAAGCUGAUUGAAUAUUAUUCCUGUUUGGUGACUA